GGGUCAGCACUAGGCUGGUUCCAUUCCUAUCCAUCAAAGAGGACGCACCGAGUGGUCCAUGGCAAUGCGUCCUCGGAGCUCUAUAAUGUUACGUGUGGUGUCCCACAGGGAUCGGUACUCGGACCAAUUCUAUUUAAUAUUUACGAUUCCGCUUGGGGACAUAAUACGUAAAUAUAAUAUUAGUUUUCAAUGCUACGCGGAUGACACCCAAUUAUAUAUGCCGUUAUCGAUGACAGAUCCGCGGGAUUGUUGUAAUCUUGAGGCGUGCCUUGCGGAGAUGAAGCAAUGGAUGUCUCUCAACUUCCUUCGUCUUAACCCAGAUAAAACUGAGAUGUUGAUAAUUGGUCCAAUUCGUUAUCAACAAUUUUUCAAGGAAACCGCUAUAACUAUAGAUAACCGUACUAUCACUCAGAGCGAUACUGUAACUAAUCUUGGGGUAAUAUUUGACCAAACUCUCUCCUUUCAAAAGCACAUUAAGAAUAUAACCAGAUUUGCGUUUUUUCACCUUCGUAAUAUUGCAAAGAUUCGUCCGAUCCUCUCGAUCGGUGAUCCGGAAACUAUUAUACAUGCGUUCGUCACGUCGCGCCUGGACUACUGUAAUGUAUUACUCUCUGCUCUUCCUAAAUCCCGCAUCAAAAGUCUACAGUUAGUACAAAAUGCUGCUGCAAGGCUGCUCUCACGGACAAGAAAAUUUGAUCACAUUACCCCAAUAUUAGCCAACUUACAUUGGCUUCCGGUCCAUUUAAGAUGUGACUUCAAGGUUCUUCUAUUAACCUAUAAAUCACUGCAUGGCUUAGCGCCUUCAUAUCUCGUCGACCUAGUUGUUCCUUAUGUUCCGUUGCGUAACCUUCGUUCGCAAAACGCUACUCUUUUAGCGACACCGAGGGCCAAGAAAAUGUCUGCAGGGUCUAAGGCAUUUUCUAUUUGGGCUCCAGAGCUUUGGAAUGCUCUACCAAUGGAUAUUAGGACUGCUACCUCAGUAGAAACAUUUAAGACACGUUUAAAGACACAUUUCUAUGAUAUGGCCUUUAACUAAUUUGUAGUGGGCGAUUCGGCUGGAGUUUCUCUCUCUCCACCCUCUCCACCCCCUCCCCGGCCGGGGAGGUGGUUAGGUGGCACCCAAGCUGACAGCGGCUAUCUGGAUUCUCAUGGACCAAUUCAGGAUGGGGGAACUGCAACUCAACCUCCUCGAAGACACUGCCAGGACAAUUGAGGGCUCCUCCGGCAGCGCUUCGCUUUGACUUGGACAUCCACUUUUUCAUUGAUUUUCAUAUUAUGUAUCAUUUGUGCCCUCUCUGCAUCCAUUUCAACCUGGUGAUCCUGAAAGGGGGAUCCUUCGAUCUGUGGUCCCUUCUCAAGGUUUCUCAUUUUCCCCUGGCAGGUUUUUUUUUUAGUUUUUCCUUGCCCUUUUGGGAGCUUAAGAUCGGGAUGCUUUGAGAAUAACUCUCAAUUUUUUGUCUAUGUGAAGCCCUUUGAGACUGUUUUACUGGUUCAAAGAGUGGAGAGAAGAUUAGUAGACGCGCAUUCUUGCCCCAAGGCUCCUCCAGAUAAAUAUGUAAACACAACAUUCCUUGUUAGAUACAAAUCCUUUUGUUUAACAUGCACUAUACCUUUAAUAGGAGUGUAGACUUAUGACUUGGCUCAUGUUCGCUCACUAUUGCACUCUGGUGGCUGAUUGUUUGUGAUUCGACCUCCCGAAACAAAUAAAAAAACUUUUACUAAAACUUAGUUUGUAUCCGGCGGCUCGGUGGAGCACAGGGUAGCAGGUCCGCCUCACAGUUAGGAGGGUGCGGGUUCGAUUCCACCUCCGGCCCUCCCUGUGUGGAGUUUGCAUGUUCUCCCCGUGCCCGCGUGGGUUUUCUCUGGGCACUCCGGUUUCCUCCCACAUCCCAAAAACAUGCUUGGUAGGCCAAUUGAGCACUCCAAAUUGUCCCUAGGUGUGAGUACAAGUGCGAAUGGUUGUUUGUCUCUGUGUGACCUGCGAUUGGCUGGCAACCCGUUCAGGGUGUCCCCCGCCUACUCCCCGAUGACGGCUGAGAUAAGCUCCAGUCUUGUUACAGUUACUAGUUACCAUUUCAAAAAGUAAUUUAAUUAAUAAUUGAAUUACUUUUUAAAUGUAAGUAAUUACUAGAGAAAGUAGUUUUUGCAUUACUUUUUCAAAAACGUUCAAUGAUGUAAAAUAAUUCAGAUUUUUUAACAAAUGUCAAGAGUUGCAUAGUGUAGAACAACAUAGACCAGUACUUCAUUUAACUUAAUAUUUAUUGAACAACAAUGUAAAAUAAGCAUAACAUAAAUAAAUUGUUACACAACUUCCAGACAAUUGUUCACAUCAGCAGGACGCACAAACAACACACUUUUUCAUUUUUUUUAAGGCAACACACCUCUGAUGAAAGGGGAAAGAAAAGUUUCGGCAUGGAGUGGCUGACAAUCCGCAAUAUGGUAAUGUAAAAAAUGUUGCAUCAUCGUAAAGUCCAAAUACUGAAAGAAAGAAAAAACUACAAACAUACCAAAUAUGCCAAGUUCCUCACUUAAAGUCCCCCAAGCCUGCUCCUGUUUUGCCCCGGUCCCCUUUUGUGUCUGCAUGUGGGUACAUGUGUGUGCAGUUUGACAAACGUGUAGUUCAUCAUCAUUAUGGUAGUGGCAUGAUACGGGCUAGUCGUUAUCAUGGACGGAAGUUGGACGCUUCCACCGCCACGAGUCUCCACUAUGUUGCGAGCAUGCUGGAAGAUAUGUCGGAAGUUACAGAUCUGGGAUCUCUCACUGACAGGGCUCUGUCCACCCAGCAUGUGAAGUCUGGAUUUGGAGGACAGCGUGGAUGAACUACUUCUGUAGUCAGUGUGCUUAAAGGCAAUUACCAGCAAUGCGUUGUGGAGCGCAUAGGGCGUGGUAGGACACGUACAACAUCACGGCCAUCCACUGCAUCCGUUUCUGUCUCCGGUUGUCUUGACUUUGCCAUGGCACUGGAUGGUCUCGGAUGAGAGUGAGGCUGACGUUUUGUGCAACUCUCUCUCACUUUAAUCCAGUGCUUCUCAAUUAUUUUCUGUUACGCUCCCCCCCAGGAAGAUGUAAAUGUUUCGCGCCCCCCCUAACUCUCCGCCGCCACUGUAAAUAUAUAGUAUCAUUUUUCUAUAAAAUUAUUAUAGGUACACCUCUGCAUAACCUUGUAUCCUUGUUAACAUUAAAGAAAAGAAAAAAGAAAGUUAUAUAGAUCAAUUUACAAU